GGGCGCCAAGCUCAUCUGGGACAGCGUCGGGAAGCGUUCCGGCGGCGGCGGACGUGGCCAUGGGCGACGCGGCGGAGAUUGGUGCGCUGCUGGAACAGCUUGGUCUCGACAGCUUGGAUUUGCAGGAGGUGUUCAACCCAGGGGAGUUCGCCAAGGGAGCUCCAAAGUUCAACCUGGAGCCAGGAGUAGCGAUGGACCUCAGGACGGGCUGGGACUUCCGGCUCGAGGAGCAGCGGAAGCGAGCGAGAGCGGAGAUUGAGGAGGGAGACCCUGCUUUCCUCAUCAUGUCUCCUGUACGCACCCCGUUCUCACAGCUGAUGGAGUUGCUGAAGGCGAGCGGCAAGCGCGACGAGGUCAAGUUUCAGAGGCUGCUCGCGGAGUGCAAGGUCUUCCUGGGCUUCUGUAUGGAGCUGGCGGCCUACCAGCAUUCGAAGGGGAAGUGGUUCCUGUUCGAGCACCCUUGGACGGCGUCAAGCUGGAAAGAGGAGUGCAUCAAGAGCAUCAGGGAGCUGCCCGGCGUCAUAGUGGUCAAGGGCAGCCAGUGUGUGUUCGGAGCCAAGUCAUACUGGCCGGACGGCUCGGAGGGCCUCGUGGCGAAGCCGACGGGCUGGAUGACGAAUAGCCGCGAGGUGGCGAAGCAGGUUGGCCAGACCGCGGAGGAGCCAGAGAUCCUGGACCAGGCGACCGAGGAGGAGAUGGCGACCUUCUACGACGGGAUCAGCGGCGCGGUGCUGGACCCGAUAGGCGUCAAGAACGCACGCAUGGACGAGAUGGGCUACAUGAGCAGGCUCGGAGUGUUUGAGAGGAGAAAAAUUUCCGAGGCGCUGCAAGCGACGGGGACCAAGCCGCUUCCAAGCGGCUGGGUCGACACCAACAAGGGAGACGACCAGAAACCAGAACUACGGAGUCGGUUGGUGGCGAAAGAGACGCGGAAGCUGAGCACCCUUGGGCCUGAGGACGCUGCGGCGACCUUCGCGGCGACCCCGCCGCUGGAGGGCCUGAGGAUGAUUCUGUCUAUGGCGAUGACAGGGCGGCAUGAAGAUCGAGUGCUGACCUUCAUCGAUAUCUCAAGAGCGCAUCUACACUCGGAGCUGCAGAGGCCAGUGUACUUGAAGGCGCCAGCGGAGGAUCUAGAGUGCAAGGACGACGAGUGCUGGCUGCUGCUGAAGGCCAUGUAUGGGCUGAGAGAUGCCGGCUCAUCCUUCGACCUGAAGGCGGAGGACAUCAUGGUGAGGAUCCUGAAGUCGAAGCAGGGCGAGUUCUCGCCUUGCAUCUACCAGGUUGGCAAGCUGGUCGUUUGGAGGCACGGUGACGAUUUCGUGGUGCUCGGUGGGCGAAAGGAUUCAAAGGCUUUUGCGGAGAACCUCGGCGAGCACCUGAUCGUGAAAAUACGAGGAGUUCUCGGACCUGACCCGCAGAGCGGCGACAUCGACGAGAUCGUGGUGCUGAAUCGCAUCGUGAGGUGGGUCAGGCCGAACGGCAACGACGUGGAGAAGAUCGAGUACGAGGUCUACACGGACAGUGACUUCGCAGGCUGCCUGAGGACACGUAAGUCUACUUCAUCGUGCACGGUGAUGAUUGGGAAGCAUUGGAUUAGAAGCAGUUCGACAACCCAAGGGUUCAAUGCUCUAUCUACGGGAGAAGCGGAGUUCCAUGCGCUGGUGAAGGGCGGCAGUAUCGGGCUCGGCCUCAAGACUCUCGCAAAGGACAUGGGUGUAGAUCUCGAGAUCGUGCUGAAGUGCGACGCGACGGCGGGCAAGGGCAUCGCUGAACGUCGUGGAGUCGGACGAGUUCGACACCUUCAUACACCUCUGCUGUGGCUGCAAAGGACUGUGCAGCAGAAAAAGCUGCGUGUCACCAAGAUAGCAGGUCUCGAGAACAUCAGUGACAUCGGUACGAAGCACCUGGACGGGCCCCUGAUUAAGAAGUUCCUGACGAUGAUGGGGUUCGUGGCGAGGGCAGGUCGGAGCCGACUGGCCCUGCGGGCAGCGCUGGAUGGAUGA